UGACAGGGAGCAUCGCGGUGGCUGCAGACAACAGUCGGGACCCCUCCCUCCCUCCAGGACCCCCGGAAGACUGCAAGGGAGCUGCGCCGCUGUCUCUCUUCUUCGCGGACGCUGACGGGGCGGAGAACUUUGGCGGAGUCGGAUGGGACCCGAACCAAGGCGGCGCCUCAGCGACUUGCUCUGAGCGGACGGUUGCUGGUGGAGAGGGAGCCGUGGCUGGAGGGCGAUGCCGCUGUACCGGGUGUUCCUCUUGCUCUUGAGCGCUGUGCUGGCGUCCUUCUUGCCGGGCGGCCUUUGCGGUUCUCCCUCACACUCCCUGAGCUACUUCUACCUGCAUCUGCCAGAGCACAGCCAGGGUCUGUCCCAGUUCUCCAUGAGGAGCUACUUGGAUGACCAGCCCAUCGCUCGCUAUGAUGGCCUCACCAGGAAGAUGGCGCCUCUGGUGCCCUGGAUGGAGGAGAUGGAGAAGGAGGCCUUCCUUUCUCCUGAGUGGGUCUUCAGGACUGACCGGAAGUUAUCAAAACGGGACCACCAGGCUGGAGGGCUUCAUACCUGGCAGGCGGUUUUGGGCUGUGAGAUCACGGAAGACGGGCGCAAGGGAGGGUUUUUCCGCUACGGCUACGACGGGAUGGACUUCCUCAGCUUCGACAAGGAGACCCUCACCUGGGUGGCAGCAGAUCAGCCCCAGGCCCGGAAAUUCAAGAAAGAGUGGGAGGACGAUCCAGGAUGGUCUCAGAGAAACAAAUUCUUCCUGGAGGAGACCUGCAUCGAGUGGCUGCAGAGAUACCUGUCCUACAAGAACAAGACUAAGGAGAGGAUUGAGCCCCCAGUGGGGAAGGUGACCCGUAAGGUGGUCGAUGACAGCCUCGAAACCCUCAUCUGCCAGGCCUUUGGCUUCUACCCCAAGGAGAUCCAGGCCACCUGGACCAGGGAUGGAGAGAUCUGCAAGCAGGAGACCCUCCAAAGGAACGUGGCCCCCAACUCAGACAGCACUUAUUAUGUCUGGCUCAGCAUUGAGAUCGACUCCAAAGAGAGGGACCGUUUUCGGUGUCGCCUGGAGCACGAGGGCUUGAAGGAGCCCUUGGUCUUGGCCUGGAAGGAGGAAACAGCUACAUGGUGGUUGACUCCUCGGGUGAUUGUGCCUGCCUCAAUCUUCGGAGUUGUGAUUCUCUUCGCAAUUAUCUUCUCGAUAAGCUGGUGGAAGAGACGCAGAAAUAACCUCUAUGAGGAAGUGGCACCCUGCCGUGACGAGGCUCCUGCACCAAGAGUUCUUUAUCCUCGCCCUGAGAACGAGGCAGAAGAUGGAGUUCAGGCAGAAGAUGAAGUUCGAGCACCCUUGUUGCCUAAUUUGACAUCAGCGGCAUCCUCUGGACUGCAAAGAACUCGGAGUUAUCCAGGAACCACUGGAUUGUCCAGGAAAGAAGGGAAGUGGCAUACAAAGUAUAGAACGUGGGACGGGUGCAUUCCCUAAUCUCUCCAGGCUAAGACCAAACCAAGACCAAGCCUAACCCUAAACGCCUAAAGUCCUCCAAAACAUCCUAAAUAAACCCAAAGACCCAGCUGCUCCAGAAGAAAAAGAAUGAGAGUCGUCUACAAUAGCCCUUAGUCUAUGGACCCUAAUAGCAUUACAAAGAAUAAACAGGCAGAAGGCUAGCAAAGGGCAUCCAUGAACCCCAGCUAGCAGUCAGAAGACAUGAUGAAAACUCCUUAAUUUCACCAUACAUGGAUAGUCUCAACCCUAGUUUCAACUAGGAAACUCUGAGCAUCCUUAGAUCAAGCCAAAUCCCAAAAAAACCAAGAGAGAAUUCCUGGAGGCUUGGCACUUCCUGUAGACAAAUUGGUCAUCAACAGGCACAUGGAGAUAAACAACAUCUACAUACCACUUAACAGAAACAGUCCAAAAGCCUGGACUGUUGGUGGGUGUGGCAGGGUAAGGAUACUGCAAAAUCUCCAUUCCCUCCCCACUCUGGAGCCAUCCAGAGGUGGUAUUUGCCAGUUCUCCGAACUACUCAAAGUUUCCACUACCGGUUAUCUGAACUACUCAAAAUUUCUGCUACUAGUUCUCCAGAACCUGUCAGAACCUGCUGGAUUUCACCCCUUGACCAUGGCGUUAAUUUAGGGAUCAAAACUGCUUUCUGGAGAGGGGCCAUUAUCUCCCCUCCCCCCUUAUUAUUCAUUUUAAAAGUUCAGUGUUCUAUUAUGAUUGAUUGCAGGUAGACUUUGAUUUACAACCAUUUCUUUAGUGACCAAAGUUAAAACGGCACUGAGAAAAGUGACUUAUGACCAUUUUUGACACUUAUAACCGAUGAAACAUCCCCAUAGUCACAUGAUCAAAAUCUAGAUGCUUGGCGGCUCAUAUUUAUGAGUAUUUAAGAGCUGUGGUGGCGCAGUGGUUAGAACGCAGUACUGCAGGCUGCUUCUGCUGACUGCUGGGGCAGUUCGAUUCUCACCAGCUCAAGACUGAUUCAGCCUCGCAUACUUCUGAGGUGGGUAAAAUGAGGACCCAAAAUUGUUAGGGGCAAUAUGCUGACUGUGUAAACUGCUUAGAGAGG